GCUGGCGGAGAGACGGACGCCAUGUUUGAUUGUGGGCUCUGAUCAGCGCUUCGUUCAGCAAGGCCGCCUGACCUGGCCUUCCCUUUUUUAUGAAUUGUCGUGUCUCGAUUUCCCCCGGGGCACUGAGGACGGAGAGAGGAUCUCCUGGUCAUCGCGGCGGAGCGAGGCAGCGGGGCCGGCCGGAUGGAGGCGCGGCUCCCACGGUCGCUGUGAAAGACAGGAUCGGGUUAGCACUCAGCCAAAAGCGUAUUGGUGAUGAUGCACCAUGGCACUGGUCCACAAAACAUACAGCGUCCACUGCAGAGAUCCAAGUCGUAUACAGGCAAUGAGGGAGAUGACCAGACUGCUUUACCCCAGUCUCCUGCCACAGCAUUUGCUCCGGCCCUCAGCCCUGUGCCACGUACUGUGGCCAGUCCAUCUGGGCCCCAGUCACCCAGUUACCAGCUUCAGCAACUUAUAAUGAAUCGUAGUUCUGUAUCAGCCCAGAAUGUCAACAUCACCCUGCAGAAUGUGAGCCAAGUGAUGGCUGGGAAUCAACAAAUUACGUUGGCUCCCCUGCCGAUUCAAAACCCGGCAUCCCCAGGGUUCCAGUACAGCUCGCAGGCUGUGGGGCAGCAAAGGCGGUUUGAUCAUGGGUCACCUUCAUACAUUCAAGUCACCUCUCCUUUGCCUCAAGUUCAGCCACAGAGCCCCACACAGCAUAGCCCUGCAACACUUGUGCAGAGUGUGCAACGGCCAGGGACAGCAGCCCCAGGGCUGGGCAUGUGUAACCAGAGCCCAACCCGAGGAUUUGUGGAUGCCAAUGUGUUGGUCAGGCAACUGAAUCUUAGCCCAUCCAGUGCUGGGCACUUUGUGUACCAGGACCCGUCCAGCCUCGCUCAGAUUACUUCAAAUGUUGGUGGGCAGAUACAACUGACGACGGCGGGCACAUCUGCUUCUGUGCCCCGAGAACGCAGACUCUCACAGCCUCACUCCCAAACUGGUGGAACUAUUCACCACCUGGGACCUCAGAGCCCUGUUGCCAGUGGCACAAUGCAGCCCCUGCCUAGUCCGAGCCACAUUACCACCUCAAACUUGCCUCCGCAGAUCAGCAGCAUCAUACAGGGACAGCUGAUUCAGCAGCAGCAACAGCAGGUUCUUCACAGUCAGCAGAUGACCAGACCGGUAAAUUAUGAAAGGCCAUCUGUGACCCUUACUGCGGGUGUGGUAGGGCCAUCAGCCUUUGGGAUAACAUCCCCGGCAUCUCCUAGCCCAUGUCGGAACACUGUGGCUCAGACCCUGGCAUCAACUUGUCUGACUCCUAGUAGCAGUUGCAUUCCAUUCGUGAGGAAACAACCAAAGAAAUUGGAAGAGAUUCCACCUGCCACCCCGGAGAUUUCUCAUUUGAGAAAGCAGUGUUUGGAGCACCACCUUGCUGAAAUGGAGACUCUAAGAGAGACAUUUAAGGAUUACUUGAUUGAACUUUUCUUCCUUCAGCACCGUCAAGGAAAUAUGAUGGAUUACUUGGCAUUUAGAAGGAAGCCGUGUCUCGCCUUGUUGGCAUAUUUGAAGCAAAAUGACUUGGACCUAGAAGAGGAAGAAGAGGAGGAACAGUCUGAGGUCAUUAAUGAUGAGGUAAAAGUGGUGACAGGAAAGGAUGGCCAGACUGGGACACCAGUUGCCAUAGCAACACAACUUCCCUCUAAUGUUUCUGCUGCAUUUUCAACACAGCAGCAACAGUUUCAGCAAACACACCAAGGUACCCCUGUGGCAGGUACAGCCAAUACAGUGGAGAUUGAAGCUUUCAAAAGGCAGCAGGCUUUGUCCCAAACAGAUCAGAAUAAAAGGCCACGGAUAGAAGGUGGUCGUCAUGGAAUGGUUUUCCAGCAUACAACUACUUUAGGAUCUCCAGCUAUUGUUCCCUUACAGCAACUCAUGCCAACAGUGCAGGGUGGAAUGCCCCCUACGCCUCAGACAAUACAGCUUGGUGGCCAGAAACAAAACCAACAGCAGUACGACCCUUCCAAAGGACCUCCAGUGCAGAACGCAGCUAGCCUGCACACGCCUCCGCCUCAGCUGCCUGGCAGACUGCAGCCCACAGUUAUGCCAUUGACAUCACUCCCAGCUACCAUUCAGUUGACACAACAACACAUAGUCGAAACCCAGCUGCAGUCCCAUCCCCAGCUUCACCCCCAGCCCCUUCUUCAGCCCCAACCCCAGCCUCAAAAUCUUCCACAGCUCAAGGCUCAGCAGCAGCCUGUUUCUCUUUCACAGUCUCAGACCCAGCUUCAAGUUCAGCUCCAGCAGCAGGUUCAAGCUCCACUUCAUGUACCGAUGCAGACUCAACCGUCAGCACAACUUCAGCAGUCACAAGCACACCUUUCUCAACAGCAGACUGUGACGCUGAUGCGAUCGACAAGUGACUCUGGCCAGGCAUGCCAACGAUUGAUUGCCAAUUCACUGCCUACCUCGUCUGUGCCACAAGUGACCCUUUCAGGGACAAUAUCUUCUGCUCCUGUACAUCAAGCAUUGACUAAUAGGACUCCCCUGGCUGCAAGCAGGCCAGUGUCACCAAUCUCUCAAUCCAAACAAGCAGGGUUGGUUAGUUUGUCUGUCACGGUACCACCUAAAGCCCAAGUGGUGUUACAGAAUUCAUCACUAGUUUCACAGGAUAGCACUACAAAUGCAAAAGAUAAAGUUGUCGAACAAGUCAAACAGGAAAAUCAGAUACAUCAACGAAUUGCUGAACUUAGGAAAGAGGGGUUGUGGUCACUGAGGAGACUGCCACGACUUCAGGAAGCACCACGGCCGAAAUCUCAGUGGGACUAUCUGCUGGAAGAAAUGCAAUGGAUGGCUGCAGAUUUUGCUCAAGAAAGGAGGUGGAAGAUGGGCAUUGCUAAAAAGCUUGCCCGAACUGUUGUGCGCCAUCAUGAAGAACAGAAGCUGAAUGAAGAAAGAGCAAGAAGAGAAGAACAUGCCAAACUUAGACGGAAAGCUGCUUCAGUUGCUAGAGAUGUGCUGCAAUUUUGGUGUAAUAUUGAAAAGGUUGUAGAAGUAAAGUUGCAACUUUAUAUGGAAGAGCAACGGAGAAAAGCAUUACAAUUACGGAGGGAAUCAUCAAACAGAGGUCCAAACUCUGUAUCUCCAUGGCCUAGGUCAGAAAAGCUCAGUGAUGAUACAUUGGGCAAUGAAAGCAACAGGAAAUCCAGUGAUUCUUUUGCUGGGGAUGAGGCUGCUGUGGAAACAGUGGAAGACUGUGAAGAAACAAUUGAAGAACAAGAGGCUAUUGAAGGCGUUGUUGACCAUCAGACUGAAUUGGCCGAUUUAGCUAAACAAGCUGAAAUCCCUCUGGAAGACCUUGUACAGCAGUAUGCUGGUGCUUAUUCAGAAAACUUUGACUGGCCAGCUCCAGAUUCUUCUGACAGUGAGGAUGACGACUAUGACGAUGUUGAAGAAAUGGCAGAGGAGUUUGCUGCUGAAUUUGACAGUCCGGAGCAAGAGGUGGCAAUCGAUUCUUUGCUGAGCGUAGACCAGUACAGAGUGGUGGAGCGAAUACAUACCAAUCCGACCGAGGGGAGGAGGCCAAGAAAGGACAUCGCUGAGGUUUCUGCUGCUGCUGAGCCCCUCCUGCCAAAAGGCACAGCUCGCUAUGCAUCCUCGGUGAGAAAUGCUGCUCCAUUUUUGCUUCAUGGGACUCUUCGGGAAUAUCAGCAGAUUGGCAUUGAUUGGCUAGCUGGUCUCCAUAGAAGAAAAUUAAAUGGAAUUUUGGCUGAUGAUUCACGUUUAGGCAAGACUGUGCAGAUUAUUGGUUUUUUAGCCCAUCUCGCUGCAAAUGAAGGCAUCUGGGGUCCACAUCUUGUUGUGGUGCGAACUUGUAAAAUGCUUAAUUGGGAAAUGGAAUUCAAGCGCUGGUGUCCAGGUCUCAAGAUCAUGAUGUACUUUGGCACAAGGAAGGAACGUAGAAUUAAAAGAGAGUGUUGGUUGGAACCCAAUUCUUUCCAUGUAUGUAUAACAUCGUACAAGCUUCUGCUGAAGGACCACCAAGCUUUCCGAAGGAAGAGGUGGAAGUAUCUAAUCCUGGAUGAGGUCCAGCAGCUCAGGAACACCACUGAAUGGCACUGGGAGGCCCUGUUCAAUCUCAAGAGUCAACAGCGCUUGCUUUUAAUUGGAGCUCCUUUACAAAAUACCCCAUUGGAACUGUGGACUAUGAUGCAUUUUCUGCUGCCUGGAAUUUCCAGAUCCUACCUGGAUUUCCCUGUGAAAGUUGGCACGGAUGAAAAUCAGGACUAUUGCCACAAAUUGGUGAUAAGAAUGCAUAGGAUGAUCCAGCCAUUCAUUUUACGACGAUCGAAGAGGGAUGUGGAGAAACAGCUGCCGAAGAAAUAUGAGCACAUUCUGAAAUGUUGCCUGUCGAAGAGACAAAAAAUCCUGUAUGAAGACCUCAUGUAUCAACCUACCACAUUGGAAGCCCUGAGAUCUCGUCAUUUUGUUAGUGUUCUUAACCUCCUGAUGCAACUGAGAAGGAUAUGCAAUCAUCCUAACCUGAAGUGCCCCAGGUCUGUCUGUUCGGCCUACGUGUUUAGAGCUCUGCAGUAUACAGUUGCAUCUGUAGUGUUGAAAGUGCUUGAAUAUGACCCUUGGAAGAAUGUGGACUUAUCUGCCUUCAAUCUCGCUGGAAUCGAAAACAGACUUUCUCGAUAUGAGGCCGAGAUGGUCAUGCCCAAACGGAAGGUGACGAGGAAACUCAUUGAGGAAAUCUACUACUCGCCAGAUCUUCCACCCAGACCCAGACCAGUUAAAGUGAAAGUCAGCAAGUUGUUCCAGCCUGUACAGUAUGGCCAAAAGCCAGAUGACCGGACAGUUGUGGUCGUCGGUACUCAGCCUCAGCGGGCACCCAGCACAACUUCAGCUGCAACCCAUCAAGGGCAAGCACGUGGCAAGUCUUCAGCUGUUGCGGUGCCUGCUUCUCAGGUUAUGACUUCUGCCCAGGCACAAACCAACCACUUGUCAUUUGCAGCAGCGACUCCAUUUCAGAUGAAUCAGACUACUGCCAAUGCACCGGGACAGCAGCAAGCGGUGAACAGCACCAUCACCUCUAGCACAGCCAGUCCGGCCCUGGGCAGCACAGCAGGCCUGGUCACCCAGCAGGGACAGGCCGCUUCCCAGGCCUCGCACACGGGUCAGGCCCAGCAACAGGCCUCCACUGCUCACACCGCCCCGACAACCAAUGUGCUGCAUCAGAGGCUGGUGCUCACCUCACAGGCCCAGGCACGAUUGCCUAGUGGAGAAGUCGUUAGCAUCGCCCAGCUUGCCUCCAUAGCUGGUGGGCAAGGACGAGGCACCCAGACUAGUCAGCCCGUGACGCUGCACUUCCAAGGGAACAAGUUUACCUUGUCUAGCAGUCAGUUGCGGCAGCUCACUGCAGGCCAGCAUCUCCAGUUACAAGGUAAUGUCCUACAAAUAGUAUCAGCACCAGGGCAGCAGAUUAUGCGUCAACAAAGUCAGGCUUUGUUGCAAGCACAAUCCCAGAGCAAUGCAGUCCAAAAUGCCUCUGCAGCAACUGGAAACCAGCAAGGAAUAGUACCUAGUUCUGUUUCCACUUCUGUUUCAACACAAGCAUCUUUCCUCACGACCAGAACAGUUAGCAGUUCAGCAUCUGGUGAGCAGGGAGCAAUCCUAAGGCCAAUAUCUUCUCUAGGAUCUGCUACACAGGAUUCUGUAGAAGAAAAGAAAAAAUUCAUAAAGGAACGGUUGGACCGAAUUUUCUUGAUAAAUGAGAAACGAUGUUCUGUGAUGCCUGUCUAUGGUACAGAACUGUUGGGAGUUUGCUUCUUGAUUGGCGAAUAUAAACUUACAAAGCUUAAAUCAGCUGAGAACGCCUGGCUUUUCUCUGGUUACGUGAACUGCUGCAACAUUCAGCAGGCAGUGAGUGACUCCUUUGCUGAAAUAUCUUGGAAAAGGACAGAAUCUUUGUCACAAGCAAUCUUAUCCAUGGAUCAGAGGCAAGAUAGUAUGCAAGACAUCAUUAAAAGGGUUCACUGUGUUGUUCCAAAUGUAGUGGCACCUCUGCCAAUUCUGUACACGUUUAACCCUCCACCACCUUAUACGCAUCGCAUGAGGCUAUUCCAAUCUAACCUUAAACAGGAGCUGGCUCCAUACACCCAACAAUUGCUGCAGGUUACUUCUACAACAAAGUUACUGUUAACUGACCCGAGGCUUAUACAGUUUGACUCAGGGAAAUUGGAAGCACUGGCUGUUCUGCUUCAUAAACUGAAAUCAGAAAGGCGCCGGGUGUUGAUAUUCACACAAAUGGUUCAAAUGCUGGACAUUCUGGAGAGCUUCCUGGAUUACCACAGUUUUGCUUUUGUGAGAAUUGAUAGUAAUGUUCAUCUUAAUCAACGACAGGUGCUGAUGAAACUUUUUAAUACAGAUAAGCGCAUCUUUUGUGCCAUCCUUUCUACCCGUGGAGGUGCUACGGGUGUUAACCUGGUUGAUGCUGACACGGUUAUUGUCUAUGACAGUGACUUGAACCCAACCCUGGAUUCACAAGUCCAGGAAUGGUGUGAUAGAAUUGGAAAAUGUAAAGAUAUUCAUAUCUACAGACUAGUUAUCGGCAACUCCAUCGAGGAGAAACUUCUCAAAAAUGGCACAAAGAAUUUGAUCAGAGAUGUGGCUUCGCAUGGAAGCAACUACUGCACAGCUUAUUUGCAACAGCAAACAGUCCGUGACUUGUUUGAAAUUCCUGCUUUUAUGGGAGAGACUGCGUCAAAGUUAAAGACGGAGGAGUUUGUUGUGCUGUCUCAGGUGUCAUCCUUAGCAAACCAGAUCUCACCAAAAGAGACCAAACCCUUCCUGGAGGCUCUCCAUAGCAUUGAGCAGGAAAGUGGCGAUCAUGCCAGAUUGGGACAGACCACAAGGGCAGAACUGAGGGAAGGUAUUGGAAGUUCUUUAGAGCAAUGCAGGUGUACCAGCACUGAAGAGCCUGCGUACUUGGACGAAUUGGCUGCACUCCUUGAGCAGCUUACACCAGUUGAAAAGUAUGCGAUGAAUUAUUUGGAGCUCACACAGACAUUUAUAACUCCAGCAGAGCAGAGACUACCAGAUGAUCGUAUAAAAACUGCCAAGCGCGUGUGGGAGUUUGGACAUUUGCACUCUCUGAAGGAGGAAAAGAAGAGGCAGCUAGAGGAUGAAGAAAAUGAUGUGUUGUUCACAUAUGGUCGGGAGGAUGCUUACAACAAGGAAUAUGUGAAAGAAGGUCAGGAUGGCCAGACUGAAAUAAUGCCAAUUUGGACUCCUCCAACGCCACCCCAAGAUGACAAUGACAUCUACAUGGAUCCUGUAAUGUGCCUGCUGUAUGACACCACGCCUAUUCUGGAAUCCAAACUACCCCCAGUUUAUGUCCGGAAAGAGCACAAGAGGCUAAAGUUGGAUCCAACAGCUGCUGGAAAGAAGUUCAAGAAAGCUCGGCAUGGAGAACCAGUCACCCCACCACGCUCGCUGUUUGACAGAUCAACACCAUGCAUGCUCAAGAUGCGUCGCGAAGCUAAAGAUCAGAAGAAGAACAUGUUCAUGAAACAACAGACAUCAUUUGCUAAACCUCUGCCCACACUGACUAAACCUCCAGUGGACAGUGGAACAGACAGCCCUGAAUGGCUGAUCAGUGAGGACUGGGCUUUGCUGCAGGCUGUGAAACAGUUGCUGGAGUUGCCUUUAAACCUAGCCAUUAUCUCCCCGGCGCACACACCAAACUGGGAUCUUGUCAGUGAUGUAGUUAACUCCUGCAGCCGCAUUUACCGGUCACCUAAACAGUGUCGCAACAGAUAUGAAAAUGUGAUAAUACCAAGGGAAGAAGGAAAGUUGAUAUAUGAUGCUAAUCCAAAGAAAAAAACAAAAAGCAUUUACAAGAACAAAAACAGUCGUCCUCUGCGAACCAGCCAAAUCUAUGCACAAGAUGAGAGUGUUAUGCAUACACAGCUUUUCACAAGCCACUUUGAGCUUGUGAAGCUUAUAGCUGGCAAAAGAAGUCCACCAAUCAAACCUAUGCUUGGAAUGAAUCCCUUUCAGAAAAAUCCAAAGCAUGCAUCUGUGUUAGCAGAGAGUGGAAUCAACUAUGACAAGCCUCUACCACCAAUCCAGGUUGCCACACUUCGAGCUGAGCGUAUAUCAAAAGAGAAAAAGGCUUUAGCAGAGCAGCAGAGAGCCCAACAACUGGCACAGCAACAGCAGCAAGCACAGCAAAAUACCCAGCCAGCUGUACAACAGCAACAAGGCUCGCAGGCUCAGAAUCCAGUGCUUCAGCAGUCUCAAGCUGCUGUCCAGACUGCUGCAUCCACUGUUACCAACACCACAGUGCUGCAGCCUGGAGCUAUUAAAACAGCUGCUGGCACAACAAGCAUUCAGACUGCCACUGUUGGAGGCAAUGUCAUUGUGAACACGGCAGCGGGAGUCCAGCAAAGCACAUUUCAGCCUAUUAACAAGCGCCUCACUCCACAUGUUAUCUCUGGAACUCUUACAUCUGCAGGGGGUACAACAGCCCAGGUCGUACAUGCUCAGCAGCGAACCGUGGCCACGUCUGCUGCUACCACAGAGGUCGUAGCCAUAGCAACCAACCAGGGUGUCCGAGCUGCAAUGGCCCCAGUCACAGCCACAGCAGCAGCGGUGGUGACUACCAGCCUGACUCCUGUGCAGUCCCAGACCAGGUCAUUGGUCACGCAAGUCACCCCAGCUACAGGCAUUCAGCUGACCACAGGAAAACCUAUCUCCCAGGCACAAAUACAACUCUUCAGGCAACCCCAGACAGCUCCAGUGCAGGUCCAACAAAUCCAGCCCCAGUCUCAAACUUCAGCCCAGCUGAAGACAGUCCAGAAACUGCCGGAUCAGUUAAUAAAAUUGAAACAGAAACAGCAGCAGCAACAACAGUUGGCUCAGGUGACACAAAGGAAUACUGUUCUCACUGGUGCUGUGACCAAUCUCCCAGUUGCCCGCAUAGCUAGAGUUUCUACGUCACAGCUACAAGCUCAGGGACAGAUUCAGGCACAGCCAGCUCAGACUGCCCAGGUUACACUCACCAAACCACCGGUUGUGUCUGUCCCUACCGCAGUAGUCUCCUCUGGUGUAACAACACUUCCGGUUACUGUUGCUGGAAUCAGCGUGGCUAUUAGUCAACCUCAGAAAGGAUCAACAGGAGGGCAGACAGUAGUGAAGACAGCCAUACCACAGCAUUUUUCACAAAUGCAAGUGCAGCAGCUUCUGAAACUCAAACAGCAACAGCAGAAAGCAGGCCAGGCCCAAGUGACACAAGGACAAGCAGCUUUGCAGGCUGCAGCAAUCACUGCACAACAGAAGAUAACUCAACAGGUUACAGUUCAAUCACAACAGCAACAGCAACAGAAAGUCACUUAUACCACUGCCCAGCUCCAAUCAGGAAUGAAGCCACAGUUCUUGAGUGCUCAGACUCAGAAGCCUACAGGAACUCAACAGAUGCAGGCACAAAUUCAGGUUACAAAACUUCCACAAAUGGUUCAACAGCAAGCAACCGUGGGGAGUAUCCAGCAGAUGGUAUCAACAGCCCAGCAGGUCCAGGCGCAGCCACAGACAAUGACACUGUCCCAGGCAGCUACAGGCCAGCAAGUCCAGGUAAUUCCUGCGGCUGCUACUGCUCAGGUUGUUCAGCAACAACUUAUUCAGCAGCAAGUUGUGACAGCAGCAUCUCCUCAGAUCCAGCCUCCGACCCCACAGAGCCCAGCGCAGCCAGCCGCGACUUCUGAUGCCCAGGGCCAACAAGCCAAGGUGCAAGCGCGAACCGCUGCUCCCAUGAGACUGAAAGCUCCGACAAAACCGAACUGAGCUUGUUAAAUGGAAUGAAAAACCCACUACGUAAAGAAUGUGCUCACAGCAUUAGCUGGACUGUGCUCAGAACAAAUCGUACUAAGUUUGUUAUCACUCCGCUGUGUAAUAGCCAAUGUAUAGAAAAAAGUUGACAUGCAUACACUUCACAUACGUCAUUUAAUAUUGAAUCUUGAUGUUAAUGUAACAUGUUGAUGCGACUGUAAAUCUUUUUAACACGUCAAUAAUUCUAAGGUUUAACCUUAGUCAUCUUUGUACAUACUAUUCUUUUUGGUACAUUUUUAAUGUGCCCUGUAUUUGUUAAAUUCAGAAAGUGGAUGUUAUAGGCAUGUGUUCAGUAUUUGUAAAUCCAUAAUGUAGUUUCUGAAUGUUAAGUACUUAAGUGCAGUUUUUUUCAUUACGUAAAAGUUGGAAAGAAGCCAACAGCAAUGAACUUCAGAAUAAGUUGUAUUUGACAUUCCUUAUCUAGGAAAAUACACGAAUGUUUAUUAAUGAAUUUUUGAUACAAGGUUUUUGUAUUUUUGUUACAUUCUUUUCAUUGCGCAUCCAUGGUUCAGGAUUUGUUUUAAAGUGAUAAUGUUUUAUUUUUAUUCUGUAUGUAUAUGCACAUUAAAAAUGCAAUCUAUGCUACAAAGUUAUUUCCUCCAGUUUUUAGUGUACAUGUUGUACAGUAUUUGUUAUGGUUUUGCAUAGCAUCGUGUUAUAACAUCGUUAACCCUGUCCUCAAAAAGAUGAUUAAAAAUCCAAUUGUGAUCGGCACAUGAAAAUGAUUGAGUAGAAUUGUAUAUAAGUAUUUUUGUUAAUCACUCAGUCAUGUUGCCUUUAAUCUUUCCUUUGUUGAGCCAGAUGUAGAUUUUUUUUUAAGCAGCCGUGGUAUUUUUGUUAUGUAUGGUAAAUUUGGUAAAGGAUGAUGGAUAAAGUUUCAGUGACAGCCCAGGGUAACUGAGACCAAAGAGUGAGUGAGUUUUAAGUUUUCAACAUGACAGGACUGUUGAUUUCCAAUGACAUUGUGUGAAAUUACUGUUACACCGUCAAAUUAUACCAGAUUGUUAGUUGUAUUCAUAAACCACUGCUACUACAUUGUAAUAAAU